AUGACUGGCACUCGUGGUGGUGAUGGCGGUGACACUGGCGAUAAUAGCACUGAUGGCCCUGGUACCAAAACUCUACAAGGCUUGCAAAUAACCCCAGAACCAAAAACCAAGUCCCCAGAAGCAGAUGUUGAAGAUCUAUUUGCAACAUGGGGCCAUGAUGGGGAAUUGUUGUGUGAGCACGUCAUACAGGGGAUUGACAAUUUCAGUUCGAAACAAUGUAUUGGCACUGGAAGAUAUGGCACUCUUUACAAGGCUGAGUUGCCAAUAGGUUGGGUUGUUGCUGUGAAAAAACUUCACUCAUCAGAAGAUGGAUAUAUGGCUGAUUUGAAAGCUUUCAAAAGUGAGAUUCAUGCUUUAACACAUAUAAGGCAUCACAAUAUUGUUGAGUUUUAUGGCUUGAGUUCAUUUGUAGAGAACUCAUUUUUGGUUUAUGAGUUUAUGGAAAAUGGGAGCUUGAGAAACAUUAUUAGCAAUGAUGAAGAAGCAGAAAAAUUAGAUUGGAUGGUGAGGCUAAAUGUUGUUGAAGGCGUGGCUAAAGCUUUAUCCUAUAUGCACCAUGAUUGUUCACCUCCCAUAAUUCAUUGA